AUCGACGAGUUUGAUGACCGCGUCAUCUUUGGCGAGAUCUACGCGCCACUCCAUGACCUCAUGGAGUACUACGGCACCACAGAGAAGCCCGAGUUCAACGUUCCCUUCAACUUCGAGGUCCUCGGUCAGGACUAUGGCAAGCCCAACGAUCUUCGCCUCGCCUCGGUCGUCCGCGACGCCGUCAAGAGAUAUGCGCAAGCGCUGCCGGAGUGGUGCCAUGGGAACUGGGUGCUGGGCAACCAU